UGUUCAGUUGGAGCAGGAGAGGUGGGGCUUACAGGUGUGGCUCGUACCCAGGUGCAGCUUUGGCAAACCUGGUAACCCAAAGUGUUCAUUCAGUACAGGAGGGGCUGCUGUCGAGUCCCGUGAUGAUGCAGGUCUCACUGCCUGUGGGGUGUAUAUCCAUCUCCUUACCUGCGUCUUACCGCCUCCAUCUGGAGUGACACCUGAGUGCCAGUUAAACUCAAUUUGAUCAGAUUGGUCGCAGAUUGGAUUGUAUCUGUUGGACCGAUGAGAACGGUUUGACGCAGUUCGCCAGCUGUCCUGGGCUUUUCUGCGCAGCUGAGAUGUAGAUGCGGCCCAGGAGGCAGCGCUGCAUUUUGACAGGUUCAUCGCACACCACUUUUCUCCCGUUGAAUAAAACCCACUGAUUCCACAUGAUGUCUCUCUGCUUGCUCAUGAAUAUUCAGAAGCAAAGCUGCUCAAAACAGGAAUGGAAAUGCCACACUGUAGAAAAGAACCCGGGUUUAGUUCCUGGUGGUCCUGGGUCUGACUCGAACCCUCAUUCUGGUUGUGGCUGUGGGCUGGUUCAGGGUGCUGCAGCCCGGUUCCUAGUGGGGGCAACUGUGCCAACUUUGAGGAGGGUUGGCUGUGAGUACAGGCAUGCGCUUCAUUUGGGGACAGAGCCGGUGGAGGAAGAGUGUGUGUGUUUGUGUUUGUGUGUGUGUGUGUGUGUGUGUGUGUGUGUGUGUGUGUGUGUGUGUGUGUGUGUGUAGGUUGCCAGCACACUGGACAGGCUGCCGUUGUCAUUGGCUCUUUCAUGCUCUCGGAGUCCGUCUGUGGUCCUCCCCUCCUCCUCACACCCUUCCUCGGCUCUUUGAGGUGUGUCCGGCGUGUGUGGACCGCUCCGGUUGCAUGUCGUGGUACUGUCACCUGCGGAGGAAGGUGACCGUGUAGCGAACGCAGCUGCUGCCUUUCCCUGGAGACGAGCACUUAACCCAAAUUUGGGUAGUUAAACAUGUGGCUGUGUAACUGGGUCAUGCGGUACGCUGCGUAAGCUAAUGUGCCUCUGCUCUCUGAAUAAAUAAUGUACCGUAUUGUUUGCUUUGACAACACUGGCUUCUCCUGGCAUCGAGCCGCAGCGAGACCAGCAGUGGACCAGAAAGGCGAGCUCUCGACCCUCCCCGUGGCUACGCCGCUCUCUUUGUCUCUCUCUCUCGCUCUGUUUCUCUGUGUGCCUCUCCAAUUCACACACAUUACUGCACUUUCCAGCGAUGGUAAACACAUGGGCUCCUCACCUCACAAACACAGCUGGGAUGUCUGUUCGUAACUUAAUUUGUUUGUAACUCUAAAGUCAGUUUAGGUCUCAACAUCUUAUUUAUACAAGCAUCCUUUGAUUUGUUCACUGUCUUUGUCAAAACCUCAGGUCUGUCAUCCUGAGUGAAGGACCCUGUAAACGAGGCCUGUAACGGCAGCGCUGUUUCGCUGGUGGCAACGCGCAUGGGAACGGCACGGGCCGAGCAAGGAGGGGUCGCCAGAACACGUAGCGUGCGGUGCCGUGUAUCUGACUCGCACAAACACGCAGCUCCACACAUCUGAACUGGUCAGACACACAACUGUAUGUCGACACGCGUGUAAUCUCUUCCAACAUGGAACUUCACCGGUGGGGGUACAGUGAGUACCAGAGUAAAGGACGGCAGGGGGGCUGCACGUUCCGGUGUCAUUUGAAGUCCCUCUGAUGUAAGGGAAAGCAAUGUUUUAAACUCGCCAUUGUCAGGCUGUCAGUUUAUCCUCAAAUUAAGUUGAAAAUUACAUACAAGGUAUUAUAUAAUAACAGGAAAUGGAAGGAAAUAUAACUGACUGACAUGUGAAUACCAUGGUGCAAAACAGGGUGUUGUUUUUUUCCACUGAAUUGACACAUUAUUCGUAGUAAAAUAAUGCUAAUAAAUAAUGAUAAUAAAUACAGUCGGUUGUUACAUAGUAGUAGGUUGUUAUAUUUUCCUGCUGGACUUUAUGUUCACUUUAAUCUCUAAGUCUGUCACUUUCGCUUUUCGUUUUCAGCACCACCAGAGCAAUAAGAUCUUCGCUCGGUAAAUGAAAAUAAAUUGAGGGGAAUCUCAAACAAAAGGUUCUGUACCCAAAAUGCAAUUGCUGACUGAGUCAUAAGAGAUAUGGGUGCUGAUGUUAUCGUGCAGCAGGCGGAGCAGGCGCCGGUAGACGGCGCGGCCAAACGUCGGGGCUCGAAAAUACUAUAGUAAGGCUAAUGGGACGACUGUUAAGUGAGUCAUUGCAGAUUGCAUGUGUUCCCCAGUGACGGCGAAACACAAACGAGCACUUGUGCAUUGACUUUGUAAAGAACUGAAACGGAAUUUAUUAGGUGCUCUGCUGGGGGUGAAAUGUCAAACUGUCGGCCUGCUGAAGCGCUGCUGAGCUGUGCCAUGCAGCUGAACGUAAUGCAGUGACCAUGAACAGUUGCUCUACGGAGCGACUCGCUUCCAGCACCUGCAGAUGGAGGUUUGCGCUGCUUAUCCUUUCAGGGGAAGCGGUUGUGGAUUAUGCCUCCUCAUCUUUUAUCAGAUCGCACCGAUUUCAUCAAAAGCGGCUCGGAGGCAUCAGUUCUGUUUAGAGGAGGUUUUUGGACAGCCUGCAAACAUCCUGCACACGUGUUCAAACCCGGACGUGGCGCCGCUUUGGGUGGCAAUUUAACGGUCGCUCCCCUUGGCAAAUGCAGUAUUACACACACACUGUUUGUUCAGACAGGGGCCACAUACUCGCCGCCACCGCCUCCCGCCAUGGGUCUCAUCGCCUACCUGAAGACCCAGUUCGUCCUACAGCUGCUGAUUGGCUUCGUGUUCGUAGUGAGUGGCCUCAUCAUCAACUUCAUCCAGCUGUGCACGUGUGUCCUUUGGCCCGUGGACAAACAGCUGUACCGGCGGAUCAACUGCCGGCUCGCCUACUCGCUUUGGAGCCAGCUGGUGAUGCUGCUGGAGUGGUGGUCCUGCACAGAAUGCACGCUCUACACCGACCAGGCUACGGUGGACAUGUUUGGCAAGGAGCAUGUCAUCAUCAUCCUCAACCACAACUUCGAGAUCGACUUCCUGUGCGGAUGGACCAUGUGCGAACGCUUCGGAGUGCUGGGCAGCUCCAAAGUUCUGGCCAAGCACGAGCUCUUGAAGGUGCCUCUCGUUGGCUGGACCUGGUACUUCUUGGAGAUCGUCUUCUGCAAGAGGAAGUGGGAGGAGGACAGAGAGACGGUCUUUGGGGGGUUGGACAGGCUGCGGGAUUACCCAGAGUAUAUGUGGUUCCUGCUGUACUGCGAAGGCACCCGCUUCACAGAGAAGAAGCACCAGAUCAGUAUGCAGGUGGCUAAGAGCAAGGGGCUGCCCAAACUCAAAUACCACCUGCUACCUCGAACCAAGGGCUUCACCACCACUCUGCAGUGCCUCAAGGGGACAGUGUCCGCAGUCUAUGAUGUCACGCUGAACUUCAAGGACAAGAAGAACCCGACUCUGCUGGGCAUCAUCAAUGGGGAGAAGUACAAGGCGGACAUGUGUAUCAGGAGGUUCCCUGUGGAGGACAUCCCGCAGGACGAGCAGGAGUGUUCAGCCUGGCUCCACAAGCUCUACCAGGAGAAGGAUGCACUGCAGGAGCAUUAUGACAAGGAGGGCUGCUUCCCUGGGUCCACCAUCAGACCCUCUCGACGGCCCUGGCCCCUGCUCAACUUCCUCUUCUGGGCCACCUUGCUGCUCUCCCCCCUCAUUCAUUUUGCCUAUGGAGUCGUUUUCAGCGGCUCCCCCCUCCUCAUCAUCGGCUUCACCCUCUUCCUUGUCGUAGCCUUCGUUGCAGUCCGACGUCUGAUCGGCGUCACCGAGGUUAAGAAAACGGGCUCCAGCUACGGCAACCAGGAGGCUAAGAAGCAGAACUAGAGGUGUCCGUGCACCGCGGUCACUGUCCGGUCUCUGCGCUGCCACCGUGCGGUCACUGUGUGGUCACUGCACAGUCACAGUCCCUUUUUUUAUUCUCUUAGAGGGCAUGGAAGCACGCUCGGGUGGGGGUUGGGUUAAUAAUGAUUAUAUAUAAUGCUGAGAGUAGUAAUAAUUACAAUGAUUGCGAUGACAAAAAAACUACGACAACAAAAGUAAUAAAAAAAGACACUUUGUGUAACUCUGUUUCUGCACGGUGCCGUCUGGAGACGGCCUCUGGACUGCCUGAUGGACCCCGAGGAUGAAGGGGGUGGAGUUCCCAGGUCUCCUCCCUUUCUGUCGUUAUGUCAAUGUCCGCCUCCCAGCCCCACCCUCUCUGAGACUUGGCUCCGCGCACCUCUAGUCAAACUGGACUCAAACUCAACCUCCUGCUCCCUCCAUUCUUCUGACAGGGUGAUUUUGUUCAAGGGAAAUGAGCCGUGCCAGCGGGUGCUCGUGGUCCCCAAGAGUGAAGGUGGCUAGCGCGUCAUAACGAGGCCCGGCGGCGUGGGCUCCGUCCCCUUCCUGCCCGUGCCGGAUGGAGUAUUCCUGAGCGGGCAGGGACGCCAUUCAGGGACCGUGAAUCGCUGGCGGCUACAGCAGCCUAAACAUAUCAGUGAAAAGGAAUGACCUGCCUUGCCCCUCAUGAAUAUUCAUGAGCAGCAGACCUCUCAGGAACUCCGAGACAUGCAGGGAAAGAGCAGUCAGGGUUCUGGGGCAGCUUCACUGUUGGGGUUUUCCUCCUCACACCACAGCCCACAUGGCACUUCCUGUUUUGAAAAGAUGCAGCUUUAAUGACUUGGUUUUUUUUUUUUUGCUGUUCCAUCUGUUUGUUGUAAAGUUUCAUGUUGCUGCCCAUUCAUCCUUCAGCUCAGCAGCCGUCACUUUUUUUAAAAGAUCGUUUUUCCAGGUCGUCAGUUCUUGUUCUGCCUUUUUGUUAUGAGUUUAAUAUUUUAAUUUUUUUUUCUUAAAUAUUAAUUUAAACUGGGUAAAGAGAUGCAGAAAUGACGAGAACAUGUCGGGCCGAGCACAUGUAAACCCUUCUCCCAUUAGUGACAUUCUUCAAGCGGUCGCAGAUAUGUAGACAAUGAUGAUGAAAAUAAUAAGGAUAAUAUCCCUUCCGGCCCACAGUGCCAGCGUUCGAAACUGCGCGUCGUAUUGCGGAAUGCCCUGUGCACCUAAGUGAUCGUGACAAAUGGGGGGAGGGUUUGGCUCCGGUUCUUUAUCUACCUCGUGAGCAGUAAAACCACAAGGCACCAUGGCGAUUGAAACGUCCUGCCUACAGAGUUCUGUUGUGUUACAUUUGCAGUUUCUCUCACACACUUAUAUUUCGUUUUUCCUUUUUUUUUUUUUUUUUGCAUGUAUCACUGUAACGGUUCGCCUGUUGCUAGGCAACACGGAUGGCGUUAAUGGAGGAAAAAAGCAGGCCGUGACCACGUGCCCCUUCUACAGAGGUCCUGUACUCCGUCCAGCCGCAGUCUGGGAGCCCUGGGGCUGCACUUCACCUUUCCGUUCGCCAAGGGGAGGCCGAAUGUGACAAGUGGAGGGGAAGUGGUGAACUUUUCACUUCUUUUUCACCACCCUUUGGGGCAGUAUGGCUCCCAUUGUCCUGCUGAGGCCCCACCCUUUCCUCUCCCUGCUGAGAGGGAGGUCAGUUCUCCUGCACCUUGGCGCUGUGGGUCAACGCAAAUCCUCCUCCUGGCAGCUUAUGACCAAGAGCUUUGUGUGCAGGAAUCAUUUUUUUCUUUCUCUUUGUUUUUUUUGGUCAUUUAUUCAACCUUUUAUAGUUUUAAAGGCGCCGUGCUUGGCUUCACCAAAGCCGACCGUCUGUACCUCACACUGCCCUUCACGUGGUUUACAUGCUUCCUCACCACUGCCCUUCUUUCCAUAUCCUGCUUUUACUGUGAGAAUCUGAGGCGCAGGUUGACAGGAGCUGCAUCAGCUUUCAAACUGGGAUUUUUUUUCCCCUCUCCUCCUUUAAAAACGCAAGAUUAUUGUUUUAAUGUCUUAUUUAGUUCAACGCUGCUCAUGCCAGCGCGGUGGAGUGCGACAGUCCGUUUAGACAGUUAAAGAGCUGUGGAUGUGAUCGGUUCAGAAAUUGUUGUUCCGCUACUGUGCGCUUCGUUACGACGGAGAUUCUGAAGCACAGCGACGAACUCAGGUGUUCGUGUGUCCGCACAUCUGCAAACCAGGAGCAGACUUGCGUUCAUCUGCCCUCACGGAGGUUUUUUUACAACUUUGAUUUUACAAGUUGCUUUCAGUUUUUUUAGGUUGUGAAUCUACAUGUGAAAAGACAGGUCUGGGGGGGGGGGCAUUCAGCCCACAAUUGACACGACUUGUUCCAAACCGACCCACUGGAUGUUAAAAACCACAGCUAGCGGCCGCCUUCUGCCCACUGCCCUGUGUUUAAUGUGAUACGCCCUCUGCUGGGGAGAGAAGGGCAGAACGUGGCCUGCGAGUCCCAUAAUGCUUUGCUGCCGUCCGCCUGGCCACUCGCGUUCCCUCGGGCCCCCCAGCAGCCGUUAGACGAUGUCUGUCCAGAUCAGAGGCCCUGAUGAAGCAGAAAGUAACAAUACGUGCAUCUGUCUUAUACUAGAAGUUUCUACGCAAGACUCACUCUAACUCCAUAGAAUUUUUGUUUAUACUUUUCUUCUGAAACUAAAAAUAAAUGAGCUAUUAUAGACCACGCAAACAUCCAAGUUUGUAGUGUUUGACCCACCUUGGUUUUAAUUGUCUUUUUUUCAGGUCUGUUUCUUAUUGACGUGAGCACAUUAAAGAAUGAAAGAGACGGACA